AUGAACCAGACAAAGCAACCAACACAGGGUAGCAAUACUACACAGAAUGAACCCAGGCAAAAAUACGGAAAGCAAAAAACAAAUAAAGGCAAAAGUCUUGAUAGUAUGUCCAAGAUUAAAAAGCGCAUUAGAGAUGUCUCUCGCACAUUGAAAAAAGGUGCUCGCACAGCUAAAAUUAGAGUCGAAUCUGAGAGACGCAUUAGAGCUUUGGAAUACGAAUUAGGCGAGAAGACGAUUGAUGCACAAGAACAAAAGAACGCAACUGCUUAUCACCAAGUUAAGCAUAUCGAGCGAAAAAAGGCAGAACGUAAAUUGGCUCAAGCAACCUCUGCCCUGGAAGCAGCAUCAGAGGAGGACAAGGAAGAGGCAGAGAAGCUUGUAGAGGAGCGUAAAAUUGACUUGUUGUAUACAAAGCAUUUCCCCAAGAGUUUACCUUAUGUAUCUAUUAUCAGCAAAAGUGACGAAAAAAAGCAAAACACAACACGGGAAGAAGUACGAGAGAAGAUCCGAGAGAGUAUUAAGAACGGCGAAGACUUUACAGACAUGCAAAAGUUCUAUCGUGACAAGUGUCGGGCAUGGUUGGAGAAGUCCAAGAAGAUUCCUGCUGCAAAGCCCGUGGAUGUGGAUGAAGAGGCACCCGUAGAUGAUAAGAUGGACGAAGAUGAAGAUAGUGAUGCUGAAAAGGAUAGCAAGAAGGAUGACUUCUUUGAAUAA